CGGCCAUGCGGAGCCCCGACGUCAUGCAAACCCCCUGCUGUGUUUUACGCUUGAAGCGGAGAGUGUGAGUGGAGGAAGAAGGGCAGCCUGGGGCAACUUUUUGGGUAGAACAUCACUAAAUACCUUUUCGUGUUGUUCAAAAAUGGCUCAGAUAACGAGCGAAGGGGCAGAACAAGAUUCUCAGCCGACGCCGGAUCAAAACGGCACCGGUGAAACGGCAGAAACCGGCUCGGAGGGACAGGCCGUGCCGGACCCCAAACAGGAACCGGGCGACAACAACGAGAACAGAGAAGGAAUGGACGUGAGCAGCCGUGGUGGUGCGGCGGUGGAGCCCGGGGACAACUCGUCUCCCGCUCCCGACUCCGACAAAGAAACAGCGUCACCGACCGAGAAAACAGACAACGAUGAAGGGGCACACGGCUGUAAAGUCUCUGAACCGGGGAAAAGUCCCGUACAGGGGAGUUUGGCGAGUAGCACUGAUUCUGCACAAGAGGGCUCCCGGGUGCUGAAACAAGAACAAAGAGAGGGGGAGAACGUGUCCUCCUCACCGCCUACCGACCGCACAAAGACCUCCGAGAAAGCCGAGCACGGCACCAAGAGACGGGCCAGCGUGGAGCUGACCUCGUCGGAUGGAGAGCCGCUCAGCCGGAUGGAUUCAGAGGACAGUAUCAGCAGUACCCUGAUGGACUUGGAGAGCACGGCGUCCAGCGGUCGCUCCACCCCGGCCAUGCUCAAUGGUCAUGGUGGAGGUGUGGUCGCAGGGAGCGGCUCAGCACCUGCGGGGGGCAAGUCUCUGAGCUACACGUGCUGCUGGGAUCACUGCCAGCUGCUGUUUCCUAGCAGCCCCGACCUGGCUGAACACAUCAGAGCCACACAUGUGGACGGACAGAGAGGAGGGGUGUUUGUGUGUCUGUGGAAAGGCUGCAAGGUGUACAACACGCCAUCCACCAGUCAGAGCUGGCUGCAGAGGCACAUGCUGACCCACAGCGGGGACAAGCCAUUCAAGUGUGUGGUGGGGGGCUGUAAUGCCACGUUUGCCUCUCAGGGUGGGCUGGCCCGUCACGUCCCCACUCACUUCAGCUCACAGAGUUCAUCCAAAGUGUCCAGUCAGGGCAAAGUGAAGGAGGAGUCUCCAUCCAAGGCCGGCCUCAACAAGAGGAGGAAACUGAAGAACAAACAAAGACGCUCGCUACCCCGACCUCAUGACUUCUUCGAUGCUCAGACCAUGGAUGCCAUCCGCCAUCGAGCCAUCUGCCUCAACCUGGCAACACACAUCGAGAGCCUGGGCAAUGGACACAGUGUGGUAUUCCACAGCACGGUAAUAGCCAGGAGGAAAGAGGACUCUGGGAAAGUGAAGGUCUUGUUGCACUGGACACCUGAAGACAUACUGCCAGACGUGUGGGUGAAUGAGAGCGACAGACUGCAGCAGAAGACUAAGGUGGUUCAUCUGUCCAAGCUACCUACAGACACCGCCGUACUCCUGGACCCCAACAUCUACAGGAUGUUCUUCUAACCGCCUCCCGAGGAACUCCAGAGGUCACUUCCUGCUAAUCAAACCUCCAGAAGGAUCACCUCCUUUUCCCUCUGUCUCCAGCUCUACGUUCCUCUUCUCCCUCUCCCAGAGGAUGCUGGGAUUUUAGUGACUUAUUGUCAGGGCUGUCUUAGGCCUCCAUUGUUUUCUCUAUUAGGUGCUGAGUUUACUGAGGACAUGUAGGGAAGAUGUUGCUCGUUUUAGGUAACAUAACUAGACUGAAAGCUAACUGACAGAAGUGUAACUGUAGACAUGUGUAGAGAGCUGUCUUUGUAAAUACUUGAGAUUUGUAAUAUAUUUUUAUACUUUGGAUUUUUUUACUGUUGUGUAGAUAGAUGUCUUUUUCUGCCAAAUGUUUUUAAAUAGAUUUAAAAACUGAUAAUAUUGAUCAUGUGCAUAUAGCAGUCAUUGCUCUGGUUUAAUGUCAUUAAACUCUGGCAACAACCACA